AUGGCAGAAUGUUAUCUUGGAGAGGGUAGAAAGAUCUGGCAGCAGCCUAGGCUAAACCCCAUCACCAAUGACCAGUCCUUUCUUCAAGACACCUUCCCUCCAGAAUUCCUCUGGGGUUCAGGGACGGCUGCCUUCCAGACAGAGGGAGCCUCAGAAAAGGAGGGUAAGGGAGCCUCCAUCUGGGACCAUUUCACCCACUCCUCUCUCAGUGGUAAUUUGGCAACAGGGACUGCCGAUGUAGCUAGUGACAGCUACACUCACUGGGAAGAAGAUGUUGAGGCACUGGAGUAUCUAAGUGUAAGAUCAUACUCUUUCUCUCUCUCCUGGCCAAGGCUCUUUCCUGAUGGGAAUGCCAGGAGUCAGCCCAAUACAGCUGCUGUGCAGCAUUAUACCCAACUCAUAGAAAAGCUUCUGGAAAAGAAAAUUGAGCCCAUUGUCACUCUCCAUCACUGGGACCUGCCACAGGUUUUGCAGGAGCAAUAUGGAGGCUGGAAAAAUGACACAUUGGUGGGACUGUUUGAGGAGUAUGCAGCCUUUUGUUUCCACGUGUUUGGGAGUCGUGUUAGGUACUGGAUCACAAUGCAUAACCCAUACUUGGUGGCUGUACAGGGGUAUGGGACAGGUGUGCAUGCUCCUGGAGAAAAAGGGGGUCUCUCUGGCUCUCUCAUUGUGGCCCACAACCUGAUCAGAGCACACGCCAAAGCGUGGCAUACAUACAACACCCACUUCCGACCGGCUCAGAGGGGUAAAGUAUCCAUUGUUCUGGGAUCCCACUGGGUUGAGCCUCAAAAGGGCCAAGCCACAGCUGUUAAUGUUGAGCUUUGCCAGCAGUCAAUAGAGGCCGUGCUUGGCUGGUUUGCUAGUCCCAUCUUUGGGGAUGGGGACUAUCCGGUCUCUUUAAAACUGAAACAUGGGGCCCUCCUGCCCAUGUUCACUGCUGAUGAGAAACUCUGGGUUCAGAAAACAGCCGACUUUUUUGCUCUGUCCUUUGGGCCUAAUAACCUCCGUCUGCACAACCUGGUCCAGUAUGAGCAGACUGUAACCCCAGACCUGAGACGUGUCCUGAGCUGGAUAAAGCUGGAGUAUGGAAAUGUGAGGGUGCUAGUGGCUGAGGGAGGCUGGUUCUCUGAUGCUGGUGUGGGAAGGGAGGAUACAGUGGCCAUCUAUCUGAUGAAGAGUUUCAUCAACCAGGUCCUGCAAGCUAUCAAGUUUGAUGGUGUGCAGGUGUUUGGCUAUACUGCCUGGUCACUGGUGGAUGGAUUUGAGUGGAAUUAUGGCUACACUGUUAGACGAGGCCUUUUCUACGUUGACUUCAGCAACCCAAACCGAACCAGAACCCCCAAGACCUCUGCCCAGUACUACAGACAUGUUGUGUGUGAUAAUGGUUUCCCCAGGGAUGAAUCCUCCAGAGAAGUCAAAGGUCAUUUCCCCUGUGACUUUCACUGGGGUAUUGCUGACUCCAUUUUACAGGUCCACUUCUACCCGUUCUCACCACAAUUUACAGACCCCCAUUUGUACAGCUGGAACCUGACAGGAGAUGGAUCAUUGCAUCCAGUCCCAGGAGUGAAGCUCCACACCAGACAAGCCCAGUGCACUGACUAUUUGGCUAUCCGUGGUCAUAUCCGCCUAUUUGCAUCCAGUGGGGCUUCUCACUACCGCUUCGCCCUAAACUGGUCUCUGAUUUUACCCCAGGGAGAUCGCUCUAAUGUGAACACUGAAGCUCUGAGGUACUACCGUUGUGUCCUGACCGAACUCAAAAAGCUAGACUUGGAGGCUGUUGUUAUUCUCUACUACCCGACGCACAGAGCUCCAAAUCAGGGCUUGCCUGGGCCACUGCAUGCCUCUGGGGGUUGGCUCAACUACAGCACAGUGCAGGCCUUUCAGGAAUAUGCAGCACUCUGCUACCAAGAAUUGGGGCCCUGGGUUCAAUACUGGAUCACCAUUAAUGAGCCGAACAGACUGGUAGAUGUUUAUUCCAAUGGCAAAGAGAAGCAUCAAGCAGCUCAUAACCUUCUUCUAUCUCAUGCAAAAGCCUGGAGGCUGUAUGAGAGGGAGCACUCCAGUCAGCGGAGAGCAUUGGUAUCACUCGCACUACAUGCUGACUGGGCUGAACCUGCCAACCCCUUCAUGGACUCACAUAUGGCAGCAGCACAGAGAUUGCUUUUGUUUGAACUUGGUCGCUUCUUAGACCCACUGCUGGGGACUGGGUAUGACAGGGUCUAUCCACAAGAAAAGAAGUCACACUUAGAGGCAAAAGCUCGCGUAAUUGGUCUCACUGGAUCUCCACUUCCUAGUUUUACUGAGAUUGAGAAGGAAGAACUGAGAGGAGCUCUGAGUUUCAUUGCACUGAACCAUUUUACCACCCGGAUCAGCUGCCUGACCCUUUCUGAUCCCACUUGGCCCUCCUCCAGUCUAGGGCAAGCUCUCGUACCCUGGGGCCUGCGGAAGAUCCUGAACUGGGUGAGCCAGAGAUAUGGAGGGGAUCUGCCUAUUAUUGUCACAGCCAGUGGGAUUGAUGAUCAGGCUCCUUUUGAGGACAUUCUCAGGCAACAUUAUCUCAGAAGUUACCUGCAGGAGGCUCUCAAAGCUCACCAAUUAGAUGGCGUCAACCUGCAGGGCUUUUACGUGUGGAAGCUACAAGAUCGACAUGUUCCCCAGUUUGGCCUUUUCACCUCAACCCAGCACCAAUCCAAAGCCAAAGCGUCCAUCACUGUCUACAGAGAAUUUAUCACUCACAGCGGAUUCCCUAACAACAACACCAGACAGACUUGCAGGUUCGGUGACCUACGUGAACCUUGCUCUGUAUGUGCAUGGAUCUUCAAUAACAAAGCAAUGCUGGUCUUUGGAGGCUGCCUCCUGAUAACAGCUGUUAUGUUGGCAGCACUUGUCAUUUUUGUUAUCAUUACCAAGAGAAACCAAACAAGGGGUAGAGGGAGCAGGAGGAACAGAAGGAGUCAAAGGGGAGGAGUAUCAGUGUGUUCAUGUCCACCUGUUGUUAAGUGCUAACUGCAGAAGAUGACUCACUAACAUAUAUAAGACAAACUGUGUGUAGCUCACUGACAGAGAAGAUCCAUUACCUAUGUUUGUGACUCGUCCAUUAAUGUGGUAGGUC